UGGACCCCGCAGUUCGUGACCUCAUUCGAGAGUACCACGAUGUUUUCCCAUCGUAGUUCUCGUAUGUCGGCAUCCCACUGAUGCGCGACGUCGAGCACUCCAUCCAGCUUGUGCCUGACUAUCGUGUUCACCAUCAGGCACCCUACAGACUCUCGAUCCCCGAGGCCACCGAACUCAAGCGUCAGCUUGAGGAACUCCUGAGACUGGGUUUCAUUAAACCCAGCUACUCCUCGUGGGGUGCAGCCGUCCUCUUUGCUCGCAAAGCGGAUGGAACUCUCCGUCUCUGCAUCGGCUAUCGCGGCCUCAACCGCUACACGGUUAAGAACAGCUACCCCUUGCCUCGUUCCGACGAGCUGUUCGACUUCCUAGCAGACAACCGUUUCUUUACGAAGAUUGAUCUUCGUAGCGGUUACCAUCAUAUCCGCGUCGCUGUAGCCGAGCAGCCGAAGACAACGUUUCGAUCGCGCUUCGGCCAUUACGAGUUCACGGUGAUGCCAUUCGGCCUCACCAACGCACCCGCUACCUUCCAGAGGGCGAUGAACGAUAUUUUCAAGGACAUCAUGGAGCAGUACAUUCUCGAUUUUCUGACAAAACCGAAGCUCACUCCUCGACAUGCUCGCUGGUGGCGCGACCUAUCCGAGUUUAGUUCCACCACUGAGCACAUCAAGGGUGAGACUAAUCGGGUCGAAGAUGCCUUAUCCCGGCGCCCUGACCACGACCAGGAGCAGAUCCAACUCUCUUUCAUCUCGGUCACCACUAUCCAUCACUCGGUGAUCGACGAAUUUCGUACUCAGUAUCGCUACUGCUCCGACUAUCGCGACAUCCACGCGACCCUUCGGAGUGGCAAGACCGUCCCGAACUACUCUCUCGGGGAUAACGGUCUUGUGUACUGGCAGAGUUCACAGGGCACCAGAGAGCCCCGUAUAUGCGUUCCCUCCACUAAGCAGUUACGUGUCCGGGCAGUAGCAGAGUUCCUUGACCAGGCAACUGCCGGUCAUAUGGGUUUCCACAAGACGUUGGCUCGUGUAAGCCGCCUGUACGUCUGGCCGAAGCGCAAGGACUUUGUGAAGGACUACGUCGCAGAAUGUCCCACCUGUCAGGAGGUGAAGAGUGCGAACCACUUGCCUUAUGGUUUGCUCCAGCCUCGUCCUAUCCCUAAGGGUCGUUGGCAGUCCAUCUCGACGGACUUUAUCGGUCCUCUUCGUCCUCCGACCCCCCGCGGUCAUGAUGUUAUCCUGGUCAUCGUCGACCGCUUCACGAAGGGUGCACGCUUUGUUCCGUGCCGCUAUGCCAUCAGUGCACGUGAGGUCGCCGACAUCGUGUUUGAUCGAGUCGUGCAAGACCACGACCUAUGUCUGAGCAUCAUCGCUGACUGUGACCCGAGCUUUACCAACCGAUUCUGGCGACGGCUCCACAAGGUAUACAGCACUCAGGUCCGCUUCUCCUCGUCUUACCAUUCUCAGACUGAUGGUCAGACCGAGAUCACGAACAGGACUCUCAGAGAUAUUCUCCGAAAGAUCGUUCGUGACGACCAGCAGUGGAAUCUUCAUCUUGCCCAUGCGGAGAUAGCCUACAACCACGCCGUCUCGCCAACCACGGGAAUGUCGCCUUAGCAACAAAAAAAAAACAAAAUUUCCAAAUUUAUAAUAACUAACUUUUUCAACUUAUAAUGAAUUGUCCAUAUGAAG